UGUCAUAUUUAUUGACGCAUAUUCCCAUCUUGGAUCGUAUGAAAGUGAUGACAUAGAUGAUAUUGAAAACUCACUUACUCCUCUGCUUUUAACUUCUAUAUCAUCAACAUUUUCUUUUUUAAAAAAGAUAUCUUCUGAGUUAACUUCAGAAAUGAAUACAUUUAGAGUAAUAGCAGUUUAUCAUUCUGAUAUUCCAACUCAUUCAGCAAAUGGGAUAAUCGGUAUGCUGAAUAUUCGAAGCACCAUUCUAAGUCAUUUUGCUACCACAACAAUAACAAUUAAAAAUAUGGAACAAGUUCGCAAAGAGUCAGUUUAUGGGUAUUCUAAAGGAGUUGAUGCUAUGGUAAAUGUACAUAUGAAUUCACCAGAAUGUAGUAUGUGUGCUAUAGAACAUAGAAAAAAAUCAGGAAAGGUAUUUUACGAGAGAAAUGUAUAUCAUGUAGAUGAAUUCACCAAUGGUCUAAUAAUUCAAUUUGCAAAAGAAAUAACCGAUGAUUCGAAUGUUAAAGAUAACAAUCCUCCUGAGCCAGCAAUACCGAAUAUGUCAUUCAAUUUAUCAUUGACGGAAAAACAAAAAAAAACGAAAAAUGAUAUAAUUUUACCAUAUGUCAAAGUGCAAGAGCAAUAUGAAGAGAAAAGAAACGAUUCUAGUGGCGGUAUUAUUUUUUAUGAACCUGAUGCCAAUGAUGAUUUUGACGAAGAAGACCCAGAUGAUGACUUAUCUAUAUGA